CAUAACAAUCGGUUUAUUUUUUUAAUAUUAACUGUGGAAUUUGAUUUCAACUGUUAGUUUUUGGAAGAUUGAAGGCAUAUUUUCGUUUUAAUUCUUUUGUCUUUGGAUACGUAUGCCGAAGAGGGCGGCAAAAAAAAUGAUUUUUUACUUUUUCUUUUGUUUGCUUUAUUUCUCCAUUUUUUUCCGGUAGGUAAGCGAAAAAAUGCUAAGGAUUUCAGGAGCUCAACAACAAUUGAAGUGGGUUAGUCGUUGGUGGUGGAAGUCUCUUGGCGAUUAUCGCAAUGCUCGCUCGAAUUCCUCGAAUUCUCAAAUUUCCUUACGCAGAUAUUAUUCUAAUCCUCCUCGGAUUAGCUUCCGCAGAAGAAAUCAUAGACACUUAGUUACUCGGUGCUCAACAUCAACAAUGACGAUCACGCCAAAGAUUUCAAUCAAUGAUGGCAGCCUUGUUGUUCAUGGAAAGACUAUAUUAACUGGAGUGCCAGAUAACAUUGUCUUAACUCCUGGGUCGGGUGCUGGGCUCGUCGCUGGUGCUUUCAUUGGUGCCAGUGCUUCCCAUAGCAAAAGUCUGCAUGUCUUUCCCGUUGGGGUCUUAGAGGGUCUCCGUUUUAUGUGUUGUUUCCGAUUCAAGUUAUGGUGGAUGACCCAGAGGAUGGGCAAGUGUGGUAAAGACAUUCCUUUGGAGACCCAAUUCAUGCUAGUGGAGAGCAGGGAUGGUGGUGAAGGAGUUGAUCAAGAUGAUGCUCAGACCAUUUACACUGUCUUCCUUCCUCUCCUUGAAGGCCAAUUCCGUGCUGUUCUGCAAGGCAACGAAAAUAAUGAGAUGGAGAUCUGCCUUGAGAGUGGGGAUAAUGCUGUUGAAACCAACCAAGGCCUUCACCUUGUCUACAUGCAUGCUGGGACCAAUCCCUUUGAAGUAAUCAAUCAGGCUGUAAAGGCUGUGGAAAAAUAUAUGCAAACUUUUCUUCAUCGUGAGAAGAAAAAGUUGCCCUCUUUCCUUGAUUGGUUUGGCUGGUGCACGUGGGAUGCAUUUUACACUGAUGUUACAGCUGAGGGUGUUGAGGAAGGCCUUAAAAGCUUAUCAGAAGGAGGAACUCCUGCACGAUUUUUGAUCAUAGAUGAUGGCUGGCAACAGAUUGAAAGCAAACCUAAGGAAGAUUCUAAUGUUGUUGUACAAGAAGGAGCACAAUUUGCAAGCAGACUCACUGGAAUAAAAGAGAAUGAAAAAUUUCAGAAGAAUGAUAAAAAGAACGAGGAAUCCACUGGACUAAAGUAUGUGGUGGAACAUGCCAAGAAGGACUACAACGUGAAGUAUGUGUAUGUGUGGCACGCUUUAGCGGGCUACUGGGGAGGAGUAAAACCAGCUGCUGCUGGUAUGGAACAUUAUGACACUUUGUUGGCAUAUCCAGUUCAAUCACCAGGUGUAUUAGGCAACCAACCAGACAUUGUAAUGGACAGUCUUUCUGUUCAUGGCCUUGGUUUGGUGCAUCCCAAAAAGGUUUUCGACUUCUACAAUGAGCUUCAUGCCUACUUGGCCUCUUGUGGAGUAGAUGGAGUAAAAGUUGAUGUUCAGAACAUUAUUGAGACCCUUGGUGCUGGCCAUGGUGGAAGAGUUUCCCUCACCCGCAGUUAUCACCAAGCUCUUGAGGCUUCAAUUGCACGAAACUUCCCCGACAAUGGAUGUAUUGCUUGCAUGUGCCAUAACACUGAUGGACUAUAUAGUGCCAAGCAGACUGCUGUUGUCAGAGCUUCUGAUGACUUCUAUCCUAGAGACCCUGCUUCUCACACCGUUCAUAUUUCUUCUGUGGCUUACAACACUCUUUUCCUUGGAGAAUUUAUGCAACCAGACUGGGAUAUGUUCCAUAGUUUACACCCUGCUGCAGAUUAUCACGCUGCAGGACGUGCUGUUGGUGGCUGUCCGAUAUAUGUCAGUGACAAGCCUGGCAACCACAAUUUUGAGCUAUUGAAAAAGCUGGUCCUUCCUGACGGAUCAGUUCUGCGUGCCCAACUUCCUGGCAGGCCAACACGCGACUGUCUUUUUGUUGAUCCAGCAAGAGAUGGGACAAGUUUGCUGAAGAUUUGGAACGUGAACAAAUGCACUGGUGUGGUUGGUGUGUUCAACUGCCAAGGUGCGGGAUGGUGCAAGGUUGAAAAGAAGACCCGUAUUCACGAUGCUUCUCCUGGUACCCUCACAGCCUCUGUUCGUGCUACUGAUGUUGACUGCAUUGCUCAAAUUGCUGGUACUGAUUGGAACGGAGAAACAGUAGUAUAUGCCUAUAGAUCAGGUGAGUUAAUUCGAUUACCAAAGGGUGCUUCAGUGCCAGUGACGCUGAAAGUUCUUGAGUAUGAACUCUUCCAUUUCUGCCCAAUCAAGCAGAUCGCUUGCAACAUUUCAUUUGCACCAAUAGGGUUGCUUGACAUGUUCAACGCCAGUGGUGCUGUUGACAAGUUUGAAAUCCACAGUGCUUCUGACAAGAAGCCAGAGCUCUUCGAUGGUGAGGUUUCAUCCGAGCUGACUACUUCACUUGGUGAGAAUCGAUCCCCAACUGCAACAAUCACUCUGAAAGUCCGGGGAUGUGGACGGUUUGGGGCUUACUGUUCCCAACGCCCGCUGAAAUGCAUUGUGGGUGAUGCUGAGACCGACUUCAACUAUGACUUGGAUACUGGACUAGUGUCCUUGACUCUGCCUGUUCCAGAGGAAGAAAUGUAUAGAUGGCCUGUCGAGAUCCAGAUAUAAAUUGUAGCUUACCUAGAUUUAGCUUGAGAGAUUGUAUCGAGUACCAUCUAUACUAGAAUAUCAACGUCUUUAGGCGGGUGACACAGACUUCUCACCAUCUUUAGUAGGGGCAUGAGAGCUUUUAAGUAAUAAAAGCUUUGUGCAUGUGGGUGCUUCAAGUGAUGAUGGGUUGUGAGAUCGCUCUGUAAAUUGUUAUGGGGUGGAGGUGGGGCUAGGGGUGUAGCUCUAUCAUGUAUCCCAUCUUAUUGGUAAUGAAGUGCUUUUAUUAGAAAUUUUCUC